AGAGUUCUUCAAAAACAUGUGUCCUCUCUCCCUCUCUCUCACAAAAAGAUGAAGAAUCCUUUUAUUAUUCAAAUUUUGGAAUUGGGUUUUACUUAUUUAUUGGUAAAUUUGCAGUCUCUUGUAUUAUAUAAAUCCAAGGAUCGUUUGGUUAAGAUGUAUUGCGAAUGUUUCAAAUCCACGGUCAUUUGUCAAGUAGCCUUUCCCUUUUCUCUAAUUUUAUUUUUUAUUUUUGUGGGUUAGUGGGGUUUUGACCUUUUUCUUAUUUUAAUGAUGAGGAAUCUUCUUUUUAUGCAAAUUUAGGAAUUGGGUUUUAUUUAUAUACUUACGAAUUUGUGUUUUUCUGGUUUUUUAUUACAGAUGUUUGUUUGAUGUAUUUUUGGCCAAAAGCUUGCAACAUAAAUUGGGUUUCUUAGAAGAGGGGUGUGUAUGCUAAUAAUUUGAUAAUUUUCUGAUUUCAGGCCUGUUUUGGAGUGAAAGAUUCGUAACUUCACCGUUCUCAAUCCAAUUCUCAUUCCAAGGACUGGUUUAGGUCUGUGCACCGACGUUCGGAUUGAAAGGUUUUGUUCUUCAUUCCGUUCAAGAACUUGAACGGAUGUGUCAUGGCUGAAACUAGUCUAUGUUCAGCUACAAUAAUAACUGACAUUUCUGGUUUAAAAGAAGCCCUCCUUAACCAACAGAAAGUCAUUCAAAAUCUCUACUUUGAGCUAGAAGAGGAAAGAGAAGCCUCGGCAUCAGCAGCAAGUGAAGUGUUAUCCAUGAUUUUACGUGUACAGGGAGAGAGGGCUGCUGAGAAGAUGGAAGCCCAUCAAUACAAGAGAAUGACAGAGGAGAAAAUACAACAUGCUGAGGAAUCUUUGGCAUUAUUCGAAGAACUCGUGUACCGGAAAGAAAUGGAGAUUGCUUCACUCGAGUUCCAAGUUCAAGCUUAUAAGCACAAAUUCUUGAGCAUGGGUUUUUCCGAUCUUGACUUCAGAGAAACAGAAUUUCCUGAAAAUCCAUUUUUGUGCAAAAAUGAUGUUGAUUUUGACAAAACGAAGACUAGUGGAGCAACGAGAAGGGCCACCUCUCUGCCCAUCAUACCAUCCAAAGGCUCGUACUCGAGGAAGCAGUAUGUUGAAAGAGGAUCAUCAAGCCAAAGAACCAAUGAAGGGAAUGAUCAUGAAUUUGAAGUUCAGUGUGAAACUGCUGGGCCCACCAACUGUCUGAUUAGAAAAGCCGAUCAUGCAGAUUAUAAUGGUACACACGAAGAGAUGCAGAAUGUCUCUGAGGAAUCUGUGACCGAAGAUUACAAUUCUUGCCGGAAACAGAUUGAGCAGGUGAAAGAGUUAUCUCAUACUAAAUCUGCUGACGAAGGAAUCGAAUCCGAAUGGGUUUUGGCAAAUAAGGAGCUUCAGUCGACGAUUGCUGCAUAUUCCACGAGUUUGAUGGCUGGAUCCCAUUCCUGUUUGUGGCAUUCAGCAGCAAGCAGUGACCAACUGUAUGAUUCCACAAGUGGAGUAAAGGAGAUUAAGUUGAAUUCCACAGCUGAAUUCUCAUGCUCAAGUUCACAAGCUGAAGAUUCGGAGAAUGUACCAGACUUCAAUGUACAUACAAGUGCUUGUCUGAAAACUGAAACAGUUGAAAAUACAUACAAUUCGGCAAAUGUUCAUGAUAUAUUUGAAGUCCCACAAAAUCAAGCGGCACAAUAUCCAACCUCGGAAGGUGAGAACAGGAUCGAGAAACCAGAUUCCACGCCACUUGAAACAAUCAAAUACGAUUUCUUUAAAGACGAAGCCCAAUGGGUGAAGAAGGCAUUGAUUUCCACCCAUGAAGAGAAUGUAAAGAAGGCAUUGAUAUACGCCCACCAAGAUGAGAAACUUUCUACACAAUGGAACGGAGCCACAACCGAUUGUCAUUGGCCUCUUACUAUAGAUCCAGAAACUUGCAACAGCCCAUCUCAAGCUGAGGUCGAACAGCUCAAUAAACGAUUGCAGCUGCUUGAGGAUGAAAGACAGUUAAUGAAGCAAGAAGCUUCAGACAGGAGGAAGGAGGAAAUGAAAUUGUUGGGGGAGAUAUGUGAACAAAUCAAAGGGAUAGAGUCCCAUUUAAAAAGCCAGAAAGCCAAAAAGCACCCUAAGCAGGAUGAUUCCUCACUGGCAUUUUUCAUGGAGGCAAUGCUGUCCUUUUCGAUAUAGUCCUGUGUACGGGUACCAUCUCUUUCUCUUGAUUCUCGUUAAUCUCUACAUGACAGAGAUUUCAGAUGUUCCCUAGGAUUGUAAGAAUUGUAAAAAAAAAAAAAAAAAGGAAAAAAAGGGAAAAAAGCCAAUUAGUGUGGAUUGGAUUUUCUUUUUGACACGAAAUAUAUACUGUAUGCGGGUUGCACAUUGUAUGUCACAUGCUGUAUUUCUCUUGAUUCUCGUUAAUCUCUACAUGACAUAGAUUUCAGAUGUUCCUUAGGAUUGUAAGAAUUGUAAAAGAAGAAGAAGAAGAAGAAGAAGAAGAAGAAAAGAAAAGAAAAGAAAAAAGCGAAUUAGUGUGGAUUGGAUUUUCUUUCUGACAUGAAAUAUAUACUGUAUACGGAUUGCACAUUGUAUAUCACAUGCUGUAUAAUGUAAAUACUCUUGUGCAUAGAUUUGCAAACUAAUACAUUUCAUUGUUCUGUCUUCA